AUGUCCAACAAGCGGACUUACACAUCCACUGAGGUACAGUUUGGAGAUGAAAUGGAUGAUGACUUCCACCAACACUGUGACUCGUCCCUUGUUCCAACCGGAGUGCAAGUGAAGAAAGGGCACCUUAUAAGCGAGGUCCUACAAUAUAUAAUAUGUGGUAUGCGGAUGAGAUAUCAGUUUAGCCGUCAGCAAACAGUUGGUAGCAUGGCGUCUUUCUAUUGUAAAACGCCCUUGAUGCGUCAUGUGUUCGCGAGGCAAAAUGUGCGUUAUACGGCAAACCCAGAAAUAAUGUUGAAGUACGAAUUCUUUCAACCCAGUGGAAGUUUCAAGAGCCGCGGCAUUGGGAAUUUGAUUUGGAAAGAGAUGCAGAAGAUCCGGCAGAAUAGUUCACUGCAGCCACAUGUGUUUGCGAGCUCCGGCGGCAAUGCAGGGCUUGCAGCAGCAACGGCGUCACGACAACUAGGACUACCUUGCACAGUGGUAGUGCCUGAAACUACUCGACGGCGGAUGGUAGAGCGGAUACGGUCAACGGGGGCAGAUGUGAUAUCAAUGGGAAGUGUAUUGAAAGAGAGCGAUGACUACUUACGGUCCGAGUUGAUGGGGAAUGUGAAUUUAGAAAAAGUCGCUCCGAUAUAUGCACAUCCAUUCGACAACCCACUCAUCUGGGAAGGGCAUGCAACAAUGGUAGAUGAAGUAGUAGAAGCACUGCAUCUCCAAGGCGUGCAAUUGGAGAGCGUGAAAGGUAUCGUCUGCAGCGUAGGUGGCGGGGGGUUAUAUAAUGGGAUUGUAUAUGGGCUGGAGAAACAUGGUUUGGCAGACUCUAUCCCUGUUGUAGCAGUGGAAACAGAGGGGUGCGAGGUUUUGCACAGAUCUUUGCUGCUGGGCAGGAACGUUUCGAUGAAUCCUAAAAGCGUUGCUACUUCUUUAUGCACAUCUUUCGUGACGGAUCUUACUCUGAGUUACGCCCAAAAAUACAGGACAAAAUCUGUUGUGCUUGACCAGCUCGCUGUAGUACAGACAUGUUUAAAUUUUGCGGAAGAGAGCAAUAUUGUAACCGAACCAGCGUGUGGCGCAGCUCUUCAUCUAGGAUAUCAUCCUGAAAUACUUGAGCGUGAGUUAGGUCCUUUAACACCGCAGGAUGUUGUUAUAGUAAUUGCCUGUGGCGGGUCCACGAUGAAUCUCGCGGAUCUUAAAGAAAGUGAAGACCAACUUCAGCCGAAAAUUAAGGACUUCCAUACACCGAUUGGUACCCAGCAUGAAACCAUAAUUCUCACAUCUUAA